UCAAUCCUCCUCUGCUCCCGCAGGAUGGCUUUCUCUGUUCAAUUGCUUAAUUUGGUUGUCUUUGUCUUACCUGAACUGCAAGGGAACCAACUUACAUGGCAUGAUGGAUGGAGAUAAGUAGAUUUUUUUUGUUGUGUUCACAUGCUUUCUAAUAGUUUUGAGCAAUAUGCAUAAAUAUGUUAUAAUCAAUCAAAGACAGUGAGAAUGUUUGCUGAAAUCUUUAGAAGUGGGCAUCCUAUGAAUUGCUUUGAUUGAACGUCCAAUGAUGAUCUCAUCUUAUAGUACCUCACUUUUGAAACAUUGUAUUGGUAGUUUUUAUCUUUACGAUUUUUCCUUCUGUACAUACUGGAUUGCAUUAUUUAGGACAUGAGACAGUGCUGCAAACAGCUCAUGAGAGUAGUUAGCAAAUGCAAAUCAUUGUAUAUUGUCAUUUAUGCUUCUCUUAAUAGAAAAUAGUACUAUUCUGGGGAAGGGCAUCUGGCUGAGUUUCAAUAAAACUCUUCAGGUUUUGUAUGGCGAGAUUCUCUUUAUAAAACAAGAUUUGUAUUGGUGGUAGAUCGACAACAACUGACAAGGACUACCACGAUUAGAGCUACUCUUUGGCACCCAUGUUACAGCAUGAAGUCAAGCAGGAAACAAGGGAUCCGUGGGACGAGGCCAAGGUGUACGUGCGCAACCUUCCCUACGACGUUAGCAGCGAGCGCCUUGUGCAGCUCUUCGGGCAGGACGUCGUCGUCGAGGUCACCGUGUCGAUAUGUGGUAUUGGUGACAGAAGGUGCAUCACGCGCUUGGGUAUUUUCCUCCGCACGAGCAGGAUGAACCCAAGGCCCCUCCUGUGAAUCCCGUUGCUUACCAUUUUUCAUGAUUAAGAUCUUG